AUGAUGCAUAUAGUGCAGAUCCUCGAGAAAACCGUCUCGCCAGAUCAAGAUGAGUUGCUCGCGGCGAAGAAUUUUCUUGAACAGGCGGCCACCAACAAUCUGCCAGACUUUCUGCGAGCGCUCUCCGAUGUGCUGGUGUACCCGGGUAACUCGACGGUCGCCCGUAUGGCGGCCGGUCUGCAGCUGAAGAAUCAUUUGACGAGUAAAGAUCAAACGAUUAAACAACAGUACCAGGACCGGUGGCGAUCGUUCCCCGAGGAUGUCAAGGAGUACAUCAGAAAAAACAUCCUUGGAACGCUCGGAACCGAAGAAUCCCGCCCGUCAUCAGCCGCCCAGUGUGUUGCGUACGUUGCCGUCGCUGAUCUUCCCGCUCACCAGUGGCCAGACUUGAUGCAGAAACUCGUGGACAAUGUGGUGAACGACAAGUCGACGGAGGCAUUGCGCGAAUCGACACUGGAAGCGAUCGGGUACAUCUGCCAGGAUAUCAACUCGGAUAUACUGGAACACCAGUCAAACCAUAUCCUUACCGCCAUCAUACACGGUAUGCGCAAGUCGGAACCUUCCAAUCACGUCCGGCUGGCAGCUACAAACGCGUUGCAUAACUCGCUCGAGUUCACGAAGGCGAACUUUGAGGAGGUGGCCGAACGGAACUACAUCAUGGAAGUGGUGUGCGAAGCGACGCAAUCGACGGACACGCAGAUCUGUGUGGCGGCGCUCCAGUGCCUGGUGCGCAUUCUAACGCUCUACUACCAGCACAUGGAAGCGUACAUGGCACAGGCCCUCUUUCCGAUCACGCUCGAGGCGAUGAAGUCAGAAAACGAACAGAUCGCCCUCCAGGGCAUUGAGUUCUGGUCGAACGUAAGCGACGAGGAGAUCGACCUCGCGAUCGAGGCGCAAGAAGCAGCCGAAACGGGACGCUUACCGAACCGAGUCUCGAAGUACUACGCCCGUGGUGCCCUACAGUAUCUCGUGCCAGUGCUGAUGGAGAAGCUGACGCACCAGGAAGAGUUCGACGACGAUGACGAUUGGGAUCCGGCCAAGUCGGCGGGCGUUUGUCUGAUGCUGCUCUCCACGUGCUGCGGCGAAGAGAUCGUCCAGCACGUGCUGCCGUUCGUGAACGUGAACAUCAAGUCGACGAACUGGCGCUUCCGGGAUGCAGCCGUCAUGGUGUUCGGCUCGAUUCUCAGCGCUUUGGAGACGGACCAGUUAAAGCCGAUGCUAGAGCAGGCCAUGCCAACGCUGAUCGAGCUCAUGUACGAUCAAAGCGUGAUCGUGCGCGAUACCUGUGCCUGGACGUUCGGGCGCAUCUGUGAGGUCAUUCCGGAGGUGGCGAUAAAAGAGCAGUACCUCGAGCCGCUGCUAAAGGCCUUGCUGAACGGCUUGAAGGCGGAACCACGUGUCGCUACGAACGUGUGCUGGGCGUUCACCGGUUUGUCGGAUGCCGCGUACGAAGCUGUCAACAUUGAUGAUGACCCACCGCAGACGUACUGCUUGUCGAAGUAUUUCGAAUUCAUCAUCACGAGCCUGCUGGAGGCCACUGACCGCCCGGAUGGAGGGCAGGGCAAUCUGCGCUCGUCCGCGUACGAGGCGCUGAUGGAAAUGAUUAAGAAUUCACCGCUCGAUUGCUAUCUGUCGGUGCAGCGCACCACUAUGGUGAUCCUUGAGCGCAUCAACCACGUGCUGCAGAUGGAAUCGCACAUUUCCUCGCACAGUGACCGGCAUCAGUUCAACGAUCUGCAGUCAUUGCUGUGCGCUUCGCUCCAGUCGGUGCUGCGCAAGGUAAACGCUAAGGACGCGCCGCAAAUCUCAGACGCGAUCAUGAUGGCCCUGCUAACGAUGUUCAGAUCUAGCUCGGGUAAGGUGUGCGGCGUGCAGGAAGAUGCCUUGAUGGCUGUCUCCACGCUGGUGGAUCUGCUCGGCGAGGAGUUCAUCAAGUACAUGGACGCGUUCAAGGAAUAUCUGUACAUUGGUCUGAAGAGCCACCAAGAGUACCAGGUGUGCUGCACGGCGGUCGGUCUCGCUGGAGACAUCUGCCGCGGUUUGAAGAGCAAAAUUCUGCCCUAUUGCGACGACAUCAUGACGCUGCUGUUGCAAAAUUUGAGCAACCCGAAUCUACACCGCAGCGUGAAGCCGCAAAUACUGACCGUGUUCGGUGACAUUGCGCUGGGUAUCGGAACGGACUUCAAAAAAUAUCUGAACGUGGUGCUGCCGAUGCUUGCGGCUGCCACCCAGGUGCAGAUAGACCAGAACGACUAUGACAUGAUCGAUUAUCUGAACGAAUUGCGCGAAAGCGUGCUGGAGGCGUACACUGGCAUUGUGCAGGGACUGAAAGGCCCAGAGAACACACCGCUGGAAGACGUGAACACGCUUUUGCCGCACGUUCCCUUCAUCGUCAGUUACAUCGUGUCAGUGGCGAAGGAUUCGGAACUCUCGGAUGGUAACAUUGCGAUCGCGGCCGGACUCAUCGGUGACAUGUGCAGUGCGUUCGGGCGUAUUAUGCUACAGUUCCUGGAGGAUCCGAGUAUUACGGAGCUACUGAACGAAGGCAAGAACUCACGUACGACCCGCACGAAAGCCCUUGCCGCGUGGGCGCUGAAGGAGAUCAAACGAUUGAAGAACCUGCCGGUGAACACAAGUUGCAUCAACGGCAACACAAUUAGCUACACCAACAGCAGCGGCGCAACACCAUCGACUACCGUUCCAGCAACCUAA